AGGCGGCGUCUCAGCCGCGCGCCCGCCCGCCCGCCUCCGGUGCCAUCUUGCCGCGGCCGCGGGGAGGGAGCGGGCCCCGCCAUGCCGCACUUCCAGGCCUGGGAGGAGUUCACCCGCGCCGCCGAGAAGCUCUACCUCGCCGACCCCAUGAAGGUCCGUGUUGUCCUCAAAUACCGACACUGUGAUGGGAACCUCUGUAUCAAAGUAACAGAUGAUGUGGCUUGUUUGCUGUACAGAACAGACCAGGCACAAGACGUGAAGAAGAUUGAGAAAUUCCACAGUCAGCUCAUGCGACUCAUGGUGGCCAAGGAGUCCCGCAGUGCUGCCAUGGAAACAGACUGAAGGGCUGCCAAGAAAAUCACUGCUCUGCUCAUAUUUCACUGGAAGCAAAUCUUUGGGAUUUCAACAACAACCAAAAAAAAAAAAAAAACUGGGGCAGGAGAUGCUUUUAUGUACUGAAGUGGACUGAUGACAAGUCUGAAGCAUUUUCACCCCUCAGACUCCACUUUGGAAAGCUAGGAAAAUAAGUGCUUUCAAUUGAAAGCUUAUAUUUAUUUUUGGGUAUUAAGCAACUAUUCUUACAUGUUAGGUAUGCUAAGAAGACAAGUAAAUAUUUUAAAUCUACAGUAUGUUAAUGCAAAUUUGUUAGGCCACAGGCAUACUUCUGGAAAGUUACUGUAAAAUUUCAUAGAGAUUUCAUUGUGUUCCUACCUUAUGCUGGUGUAUUCUCAAAAUGAGAGGGUUUAUUAGUCUAAUACUGUAGCAUGGUGACUGGGUUUAAUAAAUAUUUACAUACAUUAUAUAAAUCUGUUGGGUUUAGAAUAACAGAUGUUUUCUGAACUGAAAUGUUGAAAUUGCCAAUUUGUACUACCACUGUCGCUGGCAGCACUCUAGCUUUUGGUAUUGCACUCUGUCAUAAGAUGUGCAACAUUAUCCAUAAUGCAGUUUGUACAACUCUUAUAUUGGCUAAGUGAUUAAACUUCUGUAUCUUAAAAAUUAAAACAGAACUUCACUUGAAUAUUCCUGGAGAUCUCUGAGAAACUGGGAGGGUUUUUUUCUGCUUGUGCAAGUACUGUUACUCAAAAACAGUCAGUGGCUUUUUUACAUACUUGAACUAUUUUGUACUAGCUGGGGUUUGUUUUCCCAUCCUUGCUUCAGGCAGAGUUGAAGUUUAUCAGCAAGACAAAUUCUAGAAGCUCUUGCCUAUUAUGCUAAUAGAGAAUAUCCAACUGAACAGUACCCAGACUCCUUACUCUAGCAGCUUGUUAACUGCAAUUUCAAAUGUUACAUGUGGCAGGUGGAUGUCAGCCAAAUGAAUAAAUGGAUGCAAACACCUUAAUAAAUACUUAAAUACCACUGUCAGAAAUAGACCAAUGCUCCUGUAGCUUAGAUGUGUUUCUCUCAGUAACCUCUGGUAGGCUGAUGGAAGCUUUAAUUGUCUCUUGUAAAAAAGCUUUUUGUUUGAAAACCCAGUAGCUAAAAUUGAUACUUGCUUUGGCUAGGUCUUGCAUACUUGAAAACAGAGGAGCAUUUUCAUGUAAUUAGGCUAUUGGUAUAACUAGGUGCUUUCAGAACUGAUUUUUUUGGGUUAAACCAAGCCACCAAAGUAAAGCAGGACCAUACUUGUAGUGGCAUUUUUAUAAAACUAAGCAAUCUAUUUAGGUAGCUACCUGCUGUCACUUACAUAAAAAUAAUGGAGCUACUGGGAAGCAGUGAACUUUUCCACAUUUGCCAAAAGCUUGGAAAAAACCCACCAGGCUUGAAUAUUGCAUUAGAGUACCCUUUCAGCUGAACAUAGAAUGUUGCAGUUGUUGGAAAAUACUGCAGCACUGAAUUCCUGGUGACUGCUCAAAAUUCUGGUCUGCAACAGUGACUGAUGUGUGUAACAUUUUUGUAUUGGCUUUUGAAAUAUAAAUAAAGCCAGAGAGAAGGCUGGA